AUGCUACGUUUAGCAACUUUAUUUACUUUCAUCGUCGCUGCCGUCUUGGGCAUUGCGAGUUCGGCUCGCGCCCAGGGCUCCUGUCGCUGUGGUGAUCCAAGCUUUCUCGCGAUACGUCGCGUCAACAUCAGCAGUGCCCAAUCGGUUCAAAAUUGUACUUCUUAUAUGAUUCUCGAUGCGCGAGGGUCUGGUGAGCCUCAAGGUGUCUCUCUGUCAUUUCAAAUUGCCAUAGAACGCAUAAUCGCGAACAGCACCGAGAUCACUACUCAGUCCAUCAUCUAUCCGGCCAGCUUCGAUCAGAACGUCUCCGUCGGCGUACAGAACACUAAAUAUCUUCUACUGGGAUAUUCACAAGGGGCAACUGUGGUUCUAGAAGCCCUCGGAAAAUUGGACAACGAGACAACAAAAGCCAUCAACGCUGUUGUGCUUGUUGGGAAUCCCUAUCGCACACCUGGGCGGGCCUCCAACGUCGACAGUCAAGGACGCCCCGAUAAUCGAACUCAAUCCGGCAUGUUCGCUGCUCAAGCAAUGCAGGCAAACAGGACUUUUCCCAACUAUGAUGAUGCUCUUGACCGUAGCGGCAAGGUCCGAGAUAUCUGUUUGGAGGACGAUCUUGUGUGUGCCCCUGACCCAGACUGCGAUUGCCGAUUGGCGAGUGACCAUCUGUCAUAUGGGCUAGUUCAAUCGGUGCAGGACCUCAUUGUCAGUCACAUCAUGUCGCGAGCCACUUGA